AUGGAAUCGGAUAUAGAAUUCGUUGAGUGGCGUGGAGUAAGCAAAAAAAUGACAAAAUCUACCAUCAAAUCUGAAUCUGAGCCAGCGCAGGAUGCCAACAUCAAUGACAAACUCACAACGGAAUCUGAUGAGGAGCAGGGCCAACGCUUACAUGGCGGAUCAUCGCCUUAUUACGAUACCGACGAUUUCAGUGUGCCAUCGACUUCUUCACCUGUAGAAGAUGAACCUGAAAUCGAUUUUGAAUCAGCCAAGAAGAGAAGGAGAUCCAAAUAUAUGAGAAUUGCCAAAAUUAGCGUGCUCUUUGUAUUUUGGGUUGUUUUUACGACUCUGCUACUAAUCAAAGCCGAACACGAACAUGCCACAUCGAAUUUCAUAUGUGUACCUAAUGGCACGGAGAAGAUCUUUCAUGUGCCGGAAGAGUCAACAGCGACUGGAUUUUAUAUCACGACCACCGGUCCGUUUGUAAUGAUUUCCAAAGAAAAAUUGCAAAAAAUCGGCGAUAAAAACAAAAUGUUGACCAUCAAAGUGGUGCAAUCGAUUGGCAAUGGAACUGGAACGCGCGACGUUACUAAGGCUUGGAUUUUGAAUUUGGCGAACACUACGCAGAAAAUUCAUCUCGUGGAACGAAAAAGACUCUUCGCCUUGGGGGGAAUGUCUCCGAAUGAUAGUAAGAAAUUGCACAUAAGCUUCGUAACGAAUAUACCCGAACCACUAGCACUGGAGUUCUACUACGAAGCGACGCCUAUCAAUUUAGUAAUAGGCAUCACUAUUGCCUUACUGCUGGUCAUCGGUUUUCACAUACUGCUGAUGAUGGACAUUGUGCAUCGGGCACUGGCAGUCAUCGUUUUCUGUACGCUGUCGAUAAGUAUGCUAGCGAUGCUAAAUCUGCGUCCUUCGCUGCGCACCAUCAUCGAAUGGAUCAACUUUGAGGUACUGUUGCUGCUGUUUGGCUUCACACUCAUUAUAGCUAUUUUGGCGGAAACUGGCAUUAUCGACUACCUCACUUUGCGUACUUACGAGUUUUGCAAUGGCCAUAUCUGGCCAAUUUUGAACUGUCUUUGCCUCAUCACUUUCAUUGGUGCAUUAUUAAUCGACAGCGUAUUCGUGAUCCUACUCAUUGCUCCGAUUACGAUGCGUAUAAGCGAGGUGAUGGAACUUAAUCCAGUGCCAUUGCUUACCUGUCUGAUAAUCUCUUCGAAUGUCGGUGGCACGUUGGCGCCGGAUGGUGAGACGCCGACCAACUAUAUCAGAGGGCAAGAAGUAUUGCGGCGCGAGGGUAUCGAUGCACUGCUCUUUAUCGAGCACAUUUUGCCCGGCAUUUUGAUAGCGGGCACCAGCGCUUACCUGUACAUGCGCAUCAUCUAUCACGACUCGAACAGCAUGCGUUUCAAGGAUGGCGCCGAAAUUGAGCGUUUGCGUCGUGUCAUUAGUGUGUGGUCGCGUACGGCAAAGAGUAUUAAUGCCUAUUCGCAGGACGAAAAAGCCAUGCGCGAUACGGUUUUGUCGAAGGUGCGUCGUCUGCGUAAACGCUUGAAGCGUAUUGGCAAAAUGCCAACACCAGCAUCGAACUACGAUGAAACACUAAACGCACUCAAGUCACAAUAUCAGAUCACCGAUACGGUGCUGUUGGUCAAGUGCUGCAUUGUUUUCGGUUUUGUAUUGCUACUCGUGCUGCUGCACAUAAUUCCCGAUGUGCACUAUCUCUCCACAGCGUGGACUGCUUUGCUUGCCUGCAUUUUGCUGCUAAUACUCUCCGGUACGGAGGACUUCGAUGGCAUACUCGGCCGAAUUGAGUGGUCAACAAUGCUCUUUCUGGCCUGCGCCUUUGUAUUCUCCAAAACUACAGUACAAUUAGGGCUCUACGAGGUUAUUUGCAAUGUGACGGAGAAGCUUAUUAAGUACAGUGGUUCCAGCAUGAAUUUGUUUGUUGGAAUUUUGAUAGUCGUGUGGCUUUCGGCAUUGUGUUCUACCAUUCUCACUGACUCUUCGGUGAGCUCCAUGAUGCUGCACACCGUUAUUAAUGCCAUUGAGGACAUAGAUGAAAAUCGUCCGCCGGUGCAGCCAUUGGUGUGGGCAGUCAUACUUGGCACUGGUCUGGGCGGCAUCACUACCAUUAUUGGAGCUUAUGAGAAUGUCAUCUGCGCUGGUUUGGCAGAGAAGCAUGGAUACCGUUUUCCCUUUCUCUAUUACUGCAAGUGGCUGCCGCAUUUGAUCACUGUUGACCAACAACAAGUUGUUGAUGAUUUUGAGCAGUAUUUGGCUAUGUUUAAACGUAAUAAUCCGGAAUUUUUGCGUCGAUAUGUGACAAUGGAUGAAGCAUGGAUUCAUAACUUCACUCCGGAAUCGAAGCGAUCGUCAUCUGAGUGGACCUCGUCCAAAGCGCCCGAAAGCACAACAAUUAGCUGGAACGGUUAUGAUCUGGGUAUUCUGAAAUGUGUGUGGUAA